GACGUUUUUCUGUCUGUCGGCAUUGCGCGAUCCGUUGACAGGGAACAAGAAAAUGGAGACCGACGUGGCCCGGUCCGGAUCGCAACGAAGGAGGAGGAGACCGACGUGUCCGUUGCGGCAUCCGAGUCGUCUCAUGUGGAGCGUCGUCUACACUCUCCUUCUGAUCAUCGGAUUCAGCUGUGUCGUGAGCACGACGAAUCUCAGGGUUGAUGGGAUUGAGUCACAAAAGCAGCCAUCUCGUCGCGGCAGGUCAGACGAGGCAAGCGUUGCAGCAGGAGGAGGAGGAGGAGGUGAGGAGCAACUGUCGAACCAAAAGGCCACGACGACAGGACAAGUGGCAGUCGAGCGCAGUGCGAUGGGCGACGAUGGUGGUGAUGCAUCGAGAUCGCAGUCGGUGUCUCACUGUCACUCGAACGAUGGGUCUGUCGGAAUGAAGGAAAAAGGUGGGCAUACGACGGACCCCGGUGAUGAUGAUGAUGGGUUAAUCAUGGAGGAGGGUGGUGAUCAGGAUGAUGAUGGGUUAAUCAUGUCGAGUCCCGGAUGUCUAGCAAGAUCAAGUGAGAGUUGGAAGGAUGUGAUUCAAUCCGAUUCGCUGCCCCCUCCUCCACCCCCUCCGCCGCCGGAUUCCGUCCGUCGCGACGAAAUGAGAUCCCGUCCUCCCACGGCAGAAAGUGGGGACCAUGGGGGCAUCUCCGCCGCCAUGGGGGAUCACCUUUUGGGAUCUCCAACGGCGGAGGAAGCGAUGGGCCGAAUUGCGAGCGGAGACGCGGCGGCGGCGGCGGCGGCGGCGGAGGCUUUGGUGAUUGGUCGUGACGGCGGCGAGGAGGGCGGAGGGCGACGCACCUUAGUGGCAAGUGACGUCAGCGAUGGGGAAGCCGAUGAUGGUAUAGUUGCGAUCCCGACCGGGACAGGGAUGGACGGAGAGGUUCGGCUGGAAUUGGCGUCGAGGGUGGGAGAUCAAGGACGCGUCGUUGGUGUUGACGGCAACAAUGGCGGAACAGCGAGAGGUUCCGCGGCGUUGGAUUCGUCUUUUUUGCACAUGGUUACGAGCGAGAGGACAGCACGAGAGGUGCCCGAUGACGUGGGUGUUAACGGACACGUUUCUGCUAGCGAUGGUGGCAGAACAACAUGGCCGUUGAAUGACGAAGAGACGGGGCGCUCUUUGAUGCCAAGCAAUGGGAACGGAGAUCUGAUGGGGGGGGGGGAUAGGGAUACCGACGAGCAGCACCCUAGUAGGUACGGAGUGGACAUGUGCCCCGAGUGCGGCGGAGGGGUCGGGGUCGGUCGGGACAGUUCGUCGUCGGCCGCCGACGUAAAAGUAGUGGCAACGACGACUGACACAGCGGCACGAAGAUCAACGGCUGCUGCCGAUGAUGCCGAGGGGAGAGAGGAGGUGGUGGAUGAUGAGCUGCGCGAAGAUCGACGGCUGCCCGCAGCAGCUUCUGUAGUGCACAAGCGUCCGCAGUCUUCUGAGGGUUCAGGCCGGGGAGACUUCUACCCCAGAGGAGGAGGAUCCGAGGGGAUCCGCAUGGAGAGAGAAGGGAAAGAGGAAAGGACAGGACGGGAGGGAGUCGGUGUCGAUUGGCUGCCGACGGUGUUGUCAUACGGCGUCGAGAUGUGUCCCGAGUGCGUGGAUCCUGGAAGGGACUUCCUCUUGGCUGGCAAACAGAACGAGUCGGCAGGCAUUCGCUUACAGGGAGAGGCAGCGGGAUGGAGCGAGAGAAGAGAUGAUGAGCAAGAUGGUGAUCUUUUGCCGUCGCAGACGGUGUCGCCGACCGGACUGAAGAUCCCCGAGGAGGAGUGCGGGGGGUUAGGGAAGAAGAAGUAUCUUCCCUCCCGUGCCUUGUUAGAGAACGAGUCUGGCGGCGACUCGCCGGCGAGAGUAGCGGUAAGUCCUGCGGUGUUUAAUCAGGCUCAUCACGAAGAGGAGGACGAUGAAGACGACGAAGAGUUUUGGAAUGGUAUUUCUAAUGAAUACGUGGAUGAUGACGUGGACACGGACGAUUUGUUUCUAUUUUUAGAUACGGUCGAGGAGUCGACGGCGGAGGCGGACCUGUUUGGAAACUCUUCCGCUCCUGGGCCGGCGGAAAGGAAGGUUGUGGCGGAAAAUCGCGGCGACAAGGAAGCACCAGAGAUUAACGAUGGAGUAUUGAGGAGUAGGGAUGAUCGGCAGCAGCAGCAGCAGCAGCAGCAGCAGAAGGUUCUGGAUCAAUCACAGAACAACACCGUAGGGAGAGAAGGGAGGGCACCAGCACAGCUGUCGUCUUACGACUUAGGAAGAGGAAGUGUUAUUGCUGACGUGUCAUUGGAUACGAAUGAAGGAGAACGAUCGCUCGGCAGGGAAGAGCGGGUUGUAAUGAGAGGAGGGAAGCGCGUUGAGGAGGUGCUCAGUUCUCCGUCGAUUGGAGAAGACGUUAUCGGCAGUCCUUAUGCGGCAGCUACGGAGGAGGAGGAACAAGACUUCAUCGGCUGUCCUCAUGCGGCAGCUAUGGAGGACGAGGAGGAGGAGGAGGAGGAGGAAGAGGAGGAGCGGAAGGGUGCGAGUGUCAGUAUGGCGACCGAUGAUGUAAAAGAGCAGCAGGAAAGAAUGAGGUCGAUCCACGACGAUGAGAGGGAAGAAAGGCGUCGAGAAGAAGAUGAGAACGAGGGUGAUCGAAUGGGUGGCCCCGAUGUUCUCAUGGAAUCGAAAGCAGAAUGUCAUCGCUUGAGUCGUUCGGCGGCUGCGGCGGCGAAGCGGAAGACAAACGAGCAACAGCGGCGUUGUCUGGAAGACGAGGUGGGGGGUGGGAACGAGGCGGAGGCUGAUUGGAGAGGCCGCGGGUGCGGAAGGGGGGGGGCGGGGGAUGCAAAUGGGGUGGGUAGAGAUGGGGGGAAUGGGGUGCCCUUACGUGAGGGGGACGAGGGAAAAGGAAAGGUGGGGAGGAAGGCAGUGGAUGGCAUGCUUCGCUUGAUCUCGCUGCAGCGCGACGCGCUUUUGCACCUGGAAGCGUUGUUAGAAUCGCAGGAGAAACGACUCCGCCAGCUGAGUGCCUUGCUGAUGGCAGAAGAGAGUGCAGCAGAUGGUCCCGUAGUUGUUGACGAGGAGAAAAUCAUGGCCGGUCAAAGAAAGUCGAUAAGGAACGCAGCGGGAGUCGCGGGGAUUCGAAAGACUCCGACGACGGAUGGCCGAUCAGCGCCGCCGCCGAGUUCAUCAUCAUCCAGCUGUGGUCACUCGUCUAGGCACCGCCACGUGGCAUCCGGGUUUUCUUGUGAAGCCGCCGAGUGUGACAGAGAUCGUCGUUUGCUCUUAAGUGCGCAGCAGGACUGUCGAAGCGGUAGCCAAGCGAACGAGCUUCUUCAUCUCCUUCCUCCGGUCCCCGUAGAGCGCGUCGCUGCGGAUGCUGCUGCUGCUGAUACAUUAGAUUGGAGCGAUGGAUCGUCAUUGCGCAGCAGCUUGUCAGUGGAACAAGUGAAGGAGGGAGGACGAGUGCUCGGGGCUUUGUCGGAACGGAAAGACGUAGACGAAGAAGAGGGAACAUCGUCGUCAUCAUCGAUGGCAUUCGGGUCGUUGAAGCGACGAGUGACAUGGAAGAAGCACUUUGAGCUCCUGGGCGUCGCUAGCGUGGAGGCACCGGUCACUGUUAUGCACGCACUCCCUCAGCAAGGGGAGAACGGAUUGAGCAGGUAUGUGGCUGUAGGCGAUGCGAUGGGCAGAGUAUCAAUCUUCACUCCCUAUGGAGAUCGGAUUUUAUGGCGAAAGAUAACCGAGGAUGAUGGAUCGUCGUCGGCGGUUACGGCUAUGUCGUCGUAUGUCGUCGGCAGGAAUGUGACUAUCAUAGUCGUUGGAUUAGCGAAUGGUAGAUCGUUGGCGUUGGAAGUAGCAGAGGAGAGAAUUGCUACAGCUUUGGCCCAACCGCUGGAUGGGGAGAUCAAAUACACUCUGUCGUGGAUCUCCACGACCCGUCUCUGUGCUCCGCAUGUCGGCGGCGGCGGUGGCGGCGGCGAUUCUUCUUCUUCUUCUUCUGAUCUCUGCGGUUCCGCUAGUGCCAUCUGUCGUUUCAGAAAUGCGCGCUCUCCCCCCGACUCCCCGAUCCCGACUACCCGUUUGUCGUCGUCGGAGGCGGCAGCGGAUCCCGCUCCCGAUCGCGAUCGCGAUGGCGCGGUUAUGAACGGCGAUGGUGACCGUGAUGGUGAUGAUGCGUAUUCGUACGCGGGCGAACUUGAAGAGAUGGUGGGUGAUCAUUGUCAGGACGGGACGGUAAUGCGGGGUGGGGAUCCGGAUCGAGCUGUGUCUUCCGAUCACCGGAAGCUUAGUGGUUGCGUCGGUCGCCCGUGGUCGUCAUCAUCAUCUUCGUCGACGGCGGCGCCCUUUGGCUCCUACGAUGAUGACACGUGUUCUUCAUCAUCGGCUGUUGUGGCGGUGGAGAUCUACCGCGUCGGCGGUCUGGGUCGUUGCGCGGUGAUCGCGCAUGCCGACGGAGUGAUGACGCUUUUCGCGGAGAACCUGACACGUGUCGCGACGGGGCGCGGUCCUCAGCGGCCGCUAGCGUUUCUGCGGUCGCAGAUGCAAUCUUCCAAGGCAGUGCUUGUGUCUGCCAGUGGGGCGACGAUCGUGCGCUUGCCUGAGUUGAGUGUGACCACAACGAAUCCUUGCAAAUUGCUGACGAGGGUUGAAGCAGAAGGCGAAGGGGAAGGGCAAGACGUAGCCGGGAAUGAUGACCCGCAGAGACGUCGGCGAUCGGUGCCUUUGGUCGGAUUCGCUGUGGAUCCUGUGUCGCGAUCGCGGUACUACGCUGUCACGGAAGAUGGACAGCUCCUCUCUCUUUUCCUAGGUGGAGGAGGAGGAGGAGGAGGAGGAGGAGGAGGAGGAGGAGGCAGAGGAGGAAGGGAAAGGGAAGACGAUGGUGAAGGGCCAGAAUGCACGGUGCGAAGCAGGCGACCGGUGCUGUCGAAAGACGCCAAGCAAGUUACGUACGGUAAUAGGAAAGCACAGGAGGAAGAUGUUGAGCGGAAGAAGGAACAGACCGGAGGCGAAGGAGAGGAGCCAGUCGAGACAGGAGGACGGGAUUUGCUUGUCCACCCACUGCGCGCUCUGAGAGGGUACGUCGUCGUCGCAGAUCCCGACCGUCGCUUGCACGUAUUCAACACCGUGAUGGGUCGCGACGCUGCCAGGCGUAAGACUAUCAACAAUCCCUCGCUUAUUGUGAGUGUCUGCAUGGAGGACGUUAUUGCGGAAUGGUGGGACGGGGCGACGGCGGCGCGCUUCACAACAGCAGCAGCAGCAGGAGGAGGAGGAGGACGAGGAGGAAUGGGAAAUGGGGGUGUUGGGGCCCCACUGGGAUUGAGGGGAUUGAGCAUGGAGAGUAACGGAGACAGAAUGCUAGCUGUGGGAUUCGACGAGGGUUACGUGGCGUUCUAUCGUGCAAGGGGAGUGGGCAUGCGGCAUCAGCACAUUGAGAAGGCAGGAGCAUCUGUCUUCUGGAAGAACCCCAUCUUCAUGGCUGUUGUGGGGCUCGUCAUUUUUUGGCAGAUUGUGAAAAGUAAGAAGGGCAACGGUCAGUGGAACGGAUGGUCGACAGGAGGGGUAGAUGACGGUUGGGGUCGGGCAGGAGGAGGAGGAGGAGGAGGGUUAUGGGAGCAGCUUGAGAGAUCUUAUUCUAGUGAAAGAAAGCAUGGUAAUCGUCGUCGUCACGGGAUGGCUGCUGCAGAACGAGAAACGACGGAAAGAACAGGAAGGACACCAGCGAGUGGGUCAUCGCCUACAGAUGCCGGGUCUCUUAAGAAGUCCCGAUCGAGAACGUUCCAAAGAGAGGGGUCGAGAUCCCUCGAAAGAGAGGGGUCGAGAUCCCUGGAAAGAGAGGGGUCGAGAUCCCUGGAAAGAGAGGGGUCGAGACCCUUGCUGGCGAGGGAACGUACAACGUCGGCGGCGAUUCGAUCUUCUCGUAUCUGUCUGGACAUUGGGAUGGAGAAGAGGUCCAUGGCGAGAGGAAUGAAGGAGAAGGCGCAGGAACGCGGCAGGAAUUCAAAGGGGAAAGAAGAAAGGAAUGAAGAACAAGGAGGAAAAAAGCAGAAGGAAGGACGGAGAGAAGAAUUUCAAGGUGGUGGGAAAACGGAGAAGCAAGGAGAGCGGAAAGAGGAGGAGACGGAUGAGCCGACCGAGAUUCUCUUGAGUGUGCACCGCACAGGGAAGAGAGGUUGCGAUUGUUAAGGGUGUAAUGGCUUCUAUGGGAACCCACGAUGUAGCUGCAAGGUGUUUCUCAACCCCCCCUCCUCCACCCCCACACCCCAGCUUCACUGAGAAGUGGGACACUGUGGGUGUGUAAUUUUUCCAUCUCUGUCAUAGCAAUGCUGCUGCGGAGGGCGGCAUGAACCGUAAACAUGCGACGACACAAUUAUCCACAAGGAGCGAAUGGCUAUAUAAUUGGGAUGUUCGUCCCGAUGGUCUGAGCAGGAGCCAUAAUGCUGUGUUAUCAUCGAUUCCUUUGCGCAUAAUUGCGGCCAUCUGUUUGAGAGGGAGGGAGGGUAUUGGGUCUUGUGAUCGUAACUGAGAAAGACAACACCGCUCGGUAAGGGGGACUAUUCUCUGUAGGCGGUUGUUGUGAGGUGGAUCAUGGCUGUACAGAGUGACAGUGAUGCGAUAGCCUCUCUCGUUGGCAGCUGUGCUAUUUUCUCAUUGGCAGCUAUUAUUCUGUACAGGCUAUUGGCUAUUCUCUGCCUGUGGUUUGAUCGAGUGUGAACUGUUGGGGUCCAAGUGGAAACGGUUGAUCGCGUGGCAGUCGGGCAGAACAGACGUUGUUAGCCUCCCGUUUCUUGUUGUCCCUGAUGGUCGACCUUUUCGGCGAGAGUGCGUUCUGAACAAACGGUUUGACUGUACAGAAUAAGGGAGGCGGAGGAGGACAUGGAUGCCCUUGGAAGUAUCAAGGAGGCAUCGAAGGUUUCCACCAAUGUUAAGGGCAAGUGCUUCCAUGGCUGGUUACGGCAUGGAAGCAGCCUUUUCCAUGCCAUGCCCAUGCCCAUGUCCAGCUUUGGAAUUCGGUACUGGUUGUUGUCCAAAAUGCCAAAUUGGCCCUGUCUGGGGUCAUGCCCUUUUCCAUGCCAUGCCCAUGCCCGUGCCGAAGAUGUGGACAGCUUGACGAUCAACGACCAAUGUUCAAUUAGUUGAUUGAAUGCGAUUACAACUGAGAAAGAGUGGUUGAACCGAACACCUAUUUGGGGUUAGGUGGGUGGGGUAAUGGGCUCAGAGGACGGUCCAGGACCGGAUGGGGCAUCAGACCCCUUUUUAUCAGGUUUCCCCGACAAGCUAAGAUUAUGAUGAUGUCAGGAUCAGCAUUUUCAUAGCAUCGAUAGGGAGAGUUUCACUUCCCAAGAACUCGAAAAAAAGAAAAAAAGAAAAAAAGAAAAAAAGAUAAUAAGUAGGAGAGUUCUCGGUUGUCUGUCCUUCCUCAGCAGUUGAAGGUAGCAUGAGGAUAGAGGCUGGGAGAGAAGUGGUAGAAGAGUAAUUAGUGGUGCUCGGUUUAGCUGUGGUCUUGAGUGAGUUUUUUUUUACCUGUUCUUGAAGCCUUGGCCGCUCGAAUUCAGAGAGUUAACCAGCUUUUGAAGCCUUGGGUGCAGGGGGGUCUACUAAGCAUUGGAGCAUAGGAUGGUGCACCACCUUGCAGCGGUUGAAGUGGGCUUGCAUCGGGUUUCAAAUGUUGUCCAGUUUGCGGGCAAAACGACCAUUUCACGUC